UUUGAAAUCGGCAGCGAAUUAUUUAUACGUGUGACUGUGAGGAACUUGAUGUUGACUCUAAAUUACCAAUUUUGAGGCUAACUGGAGGAUGGAUGUGGAGUGAAAUUAGGAUCUCUCUUGAAGGACAAUAUUGAUUGCUCCAAGUUUUGAGCUCGGAUGAGGUGACAGGCCAACAAGAUGGCUGCAGUUGCCGGACACUUGCCGAGAAAAUAUUUCCGGGCCCAGGUGAGGAAAGAGAAACGGAAGAGGAAAAGACAAGCAGCUGCACAGUUUCGAGAUGCACAGAGGAGAGAUUUUCCAGCAGAUGAGGAAGAUGAAGAUGAAAUGCAAGAUGCAGGAGGAGGCGCAAUGGAGGCAGAACAAAAGGAAACAGAUUAUUGUAUAGCCAGGAACACAGAGAGGAAUGGAGAGGAGGCGGCUUGGUUGGAAAGAGAGCAAAUUGCGCAAGCGGAGUUUGAAAAACGGCGGAAGAUUGCCGAAGCCUUGAAAGAGAAGGAGAUGGAAGAAAGGAAACGCAUCCAAGCGGAAUGGGAGGAGCAACAGCGGAUGGAGGAGGAGGAAAAGGAGAAGAAAGAUCAGGAACUUGAGAGUGUACUUCUGCAGCUGGACCAAGAACUGGGCAACGAGAAGGAGCCUUCCAAGGAAUGGCGUAACCCAGAGGCACCCGCAUCGAGUCAACCACCCGGGAACCAACCUGUACGGGCUGAGAAGAAAGAAGAGCUGUGUUCCUUCUUCAUGAAGACCGGUGCUUGCCGUUUCAGAGAGAGGUGCUCCAGGACACACCCACCAACGGAAUGUGGCACCACCCUCAUGAUCCCGGGAAUGUAUACAAACUUUGGUCUCGGUCCAGACUUCAAGGAUGAAUACGACGCCGACAUCGGUUUGGAGUGCGACGAGGAGUCCGCUUACGUGAACUUCCACGAGUUUUAUGAAGAUGUCUUACCCGAGUUCCGUGAAUAUGGAAAGGUUUUGCAGUUGAAGGUAUGUCGUAAUUGGGAGCCCCAUUUGAGAGGUAAUGUCUAUGUCCAGUACAGUAGUGAAGAGGAAGCAGCCAAGGCUCUUGAAGUCUUCACAGGCCGUUUCUACGGUGGAAAGCAGCUGGAUCCACGAUACUGUCCGGUCAGCAGAUGGAAGCCAGCGAUAUGUGGGCUUUUCCAUCGUGACAGAUGUCCAAGGGGGAAGCACUGUAACUUCCUUCAUGUGUUCCGCAAUCCUAGAGGUGAAUUUUCUGACGCUGAUCAAGACCGUCCUCCUAGAACACCAAGUCAUCGCCGAGACGACCAGAGGAGGCGAGAUUGGCAGGCCAGGGAGUCCAGGAGACGCUCGAGGAGUAGAAGUAGAAGUAGAAUGGAUUAUGGACGUUCAAGAAAACACUCAAGAAGUAGGAGUAGGGAAAGAAACAGGAGGCGGUACUCGCAUAGACGAAGCAGAAGCAGAGAGCGGUAUGUGAGAAGAAGCAGGAGCAAGGACAGGGAUCCCAGAAAAAGUCGUAGCAGAAGCAGAGACAGAGGUUCUAGAAGAAAAACUCGAAGCAGAAGCAGAGAGAGAGGUCCUAGAAAAAGUCGGAGCAGAAGCAGAGACAGAGAUCCUAGAAGUCGUAGCAGAAGCAGAGAGAGAGGUUGCAGAAGAAGUCUUAGCAGAAGCAGAGACAGAGGUUCUAGAAGAAGUCGUAGCAGAAGCAGAGAUAUUCAUCCCAGAAAAAGUCGUAGCAGAAGCAGAGAGAGAGAUCCUAGAAGAAGUCGUAGUAGAGGCAGAGACAGAGAUUGUAGAAGAAGUCGUAGCAGAAGCAGAGUGAGAGAUCCUAGAAGAAAUCGUAGCAGAAGCAGAGACAGGGGUUUCAGAAGAAGUAGAAGUAGAGAUAGGAGUAGAAGCAGAGAGAGGUUGGAUAGAAGAACAAGGGACAAAAAACAUUUAAGAAGGAGCAGCAGUGAAAAUAGCAGUGAUAGAGGAAGUAGGAGUGCAAGUAGAGAGAGGCAGUUGCAUUCUGGUAGUUCAAGAAAAGAGGAAGGUAGUCAAUUUGAUUGCAACAGAAGCAGAAGUACAAGUAAGGAAAGGUUCCGAAAGAGGAGUAGAUCUAGCUCAGCUCAUAGUGAUGUCGGGUCUGAUGUUAGAGAACACAAGAUGAUUCGAAGUGAUAGUACAAACAGGAUUUAUGGAAGGGUUGUGCAUGGUAGCAAAGACAAGGUCAAGGGAAGAAAAAGCCCAAGUAGGGUGCGGAAGAGAGAUAGAGCGGAAAGUACUUCAGAUAGUGAUCACGAGCAAAGCAAACCAAACCUUUCUCUGAAAGUAAAUGGUUCAAAGGACAGUAUCCCUCACCUGGAAUCGAACGAUAAAUUCCCUGUGAGUCCUUCUUACAAAGACGAGGAAAGGCCUCCCGCUGAUGACCAUACUGUGACAACGGCUGCCCGCAGGAAAAAGAAAAGCAAAACAAUGCACAAAGGGAAGCACAAACGACGCUCCUCCUCGGAGCUCAAGAAAAAAAGGGGGAGGCGUCGGGAAAGUGAAGCUUCGUGUCCCAGCUCUUCUGAAGAACAGGAGAAAGAAGAUUUGAAAGCAAAGGAAAGGGAAAUGAGAGAAAGGAUAGAGAAGAGACACCUUGCAGUGGUGAACCUUAACUCUGGUGAACUUGUGACCAAAGGAGAUCAGGGUAAUGAGUCAGAUGAUGAUGAAGCCUUGAGGCUUGCAGCCAUGAGGACAAUGGGGCAUAGGUCAGCAAACACGUGACCUUUAAUCUAGGCAUCCCACGCUCAUUGAAAUUUCAUAAACAUUCUUGUUAUAUAUGAUAUCAGUCCUGGUAACUUGAAGAACACUGUUAAAAACAUGUAUUUAGUACUGUAGCCUGUUCAUAAAGACUUGUUAUAGUAUCAAGUGUGCAGGUAAAGAUGAAAGCUACUGAGAUCAUUCCUAUGAUUGGCUAAUAGUAAUCUUGUUAUAGAAAUUGCACAUUUGUUAUUAAUAACAAUUCUCGAUGAAAACAGGGUUCUUAUUGUGAAUUUGAAUACUGGAUUAACCUGUCUCAAAUUGAUGGUGAAAUGCUGUUUAUGAUGUCCGUAAAAUGCAGUUAAAGAUGAAAGCUACUGAGAUCAUUCACAUGAUUGGCUAAUAGUAAUCUUGUUAUAGAAAUGACACAUUUGUUAUUAAUAACAAGUCUCAAUGAAAACAGGGUUCUUAUUGUGAAUUUGAAUACUGGAUUAACCUGUCUCAAAUUGAUGGUGAAAUGCUGUUUAUGAUGUCCGUAAAAUGCAGUUAAAGAUGAAAGCUACUGAGAUCAUUCACAUGAUUGGCUAAUAGUAAUCUUGUUAUAGAAAUGACACAUUUGUUAUUAAUAACAAGUCUCAAUGAAAACAGGGUUCUUAUUGUGAAUUUGAAUACUGGAUUAACCUGUCUCAAAGUGAUGGUGAAAUGCUUUUCAUGAUGUCCGUAAAAUGCAGUUAAAGAUGAAAGCUACUGAGAUCAUUCACAUGAUUGGCUAAUAGUAAUCUUGUUAUAGAAAUGACACAUUUGUUAUAAAUAACAAGUCUCAAUGAAAACAGGGUUCUUAUUGAGAAUUUGAAUACUGGAAUAACCUGUCUCAAAUUGAUGGUGAAAUGCUGUUUAUGAUGUCCGUAAAAUGCAGUUGAAGAUGAAAUCUACUGAGAUCAUUCACAUGAUUGGCUAAUAGUAAUCUUGUUAUAGAAAUGACACAUUUUGUUAUUAAUAACAAGUCUCAAUGAAAACAGGGUUCUUAUUGUGAAUUUGAAUACUGGAUUAACCUGUCUCAAAGUGAUGGUGAAAUGCUUUUCAUGAUGUCCGUAAAAUGCAGUUAAAGAUGAAAGCUACUGAGAUCAUUCACAUGAUUGGCUAAUAGUAAUCUUGUUAUAGAAAUUACACAUUUGUUAUUAAUAACAAGUCUCAAUGAAAACAGGGUUCUUAUUGUGAAUUUGAAUACUGGAUGAACCUGUCUCAAAGUGAUGGUGAAAUGCUUUUCAUGAUGUCCGUAAAAUGCAGUUAAAGAUGAAAGCUACUGAGAUCAUUCACAUGAUUGGCUAAUAGUAAUCUUGUUAUAGAAAUUACACAUUUGUUAUUAAUAACAAUUCUCAAUGAAAACAGGGUUCUUAUUGUGAAUUUGAAUACUGGAUUAACCUGUCUCAAAGUGAUGGUGAAAUGCUUUUCAUGAUGUCCGUAAAAUGCAGUUAAAGAUGAAAGCUACUGAGAUCAUUCACAUGAUUGGCUAAUAGUAAUCUUGUUAUAGAAAUUACACAUUUGUUAUUAAUAACAAGUCUCAAUGAAAACAGGGUUCUUAUUGUGAAUUUGAAUACUGGAUUAACCUGUCUCAAAUUGAUGGUGAAAUGCUGUUUAUGAUGUCCGUAAAAUGCAGUUGAAGAUGAAAGCUACUGAGAUCAUUCACAUGAUUGGCAAAUAGUAAUCUUGUUAUAGAAAUUACACAUUUGUUAUUAAUAACAAGUCUCAAUGAAAACAGGGUUCUUCUUGUGAAUAAGAAUACUGGAUUAACCUGUCUCAAAUUGAUGGUGAAAUGCUGUUUAUGAUGUCCGUAAAAUGCAGUUAAAGAUGAAAGUUACUGAGAUCAUUCACAUGAUUGGCUAAUAGUAAUCUUGUUAUAGAAAUUACACAUUUCUAUUAAUAACAAGUCUCAAUGAAAACAGGGUUCUUCUUGUGAAUAAGAAUACUGGAUUAACCUGUCUCAAAUUGAUGGUGAAAUGCUGUUUAUGAUGUCCGUAAAAUGCAGUUAAAGAUGAAAGUUACUGAGAUCAUUCACAUGAUUGGCUAAUAGUAAUCUUGUUAUAGAAAUUACACAUUUGUUAUUAAUAACAAGUCUCAAUGAAAACA